AUGAAUUAUGCAUUCGAUUGCAUCUUGGGGAUACCGUGGCUGUCACGAUAUCAGCCGACGAUAGACUGGCUAUCUCGGUCCGUCAAACGACGAAGCGGUUACGACGUAAGUGAAGUUUUCACUCAUCUGUUGGUAGCGCCAUCCGGUUGGCCUCACGUCAGGGUCGUGAACGAACUCGCCACGACUAGAAGUCAGCACAGAGAGAGCGAUGGCCCUCUGUGUCCGGUAUGUUCAGUCACACUGAUAGAACCACAACACGAGGCGGUUGAACAGAGGUUCCCGCAAACCCAGACAUCGGUCGAGCAGGGGCUCCCGAUUCACAACGAGACGGUCGAACAGAGGUUCCCGCAAACACAGACAUCGGGGCUCCCGAUUCACAACGAGGCGGUCGAACAGGGGUUCCCGCACACACGGACUUCGGUCGAGCAGGGGUUCCCGAGUUCUAGCGAGGCGGUCGAGCAGGGGCUCCCGCAUACACACACAACGGCCGAGCAGAGGCUCCCGAUUGUAACCGAGGUGGUCGAGCAGAGGCUCCCACAUACAUCUGAGGCGGUCGACGACGAGUUCCCGCCUCUUAUCGACGAGAAUGAACGGGCUGUGGACUUAAAUGUGAACGACGUGGUGGAGACAGAGCUCCCACGUCUAGCGGGGGGUACUUCAUCCUCCAGCGACAGCGACGUUCCAGCCUCGAGCAGUGGCUCAAGACGCAAGAAAGGUGCACGCCGAUCACCAAGACGACGAAAUUCUCGCUCAAGAGCCGUUGACGAUGAUACUGUAUUGACGGAAUCCGUUUAUUUUCUUCACGACCUCAAGGCCGGCGACAUCGAGCAAGUGUGCAUCAUAUCAGCCGCCGAAGCAGCUAGUGGAGAAGUUCUGGAGGCUCGCCCAAAGAGCGCUGAGCCCAAAUCAGCGCGCGAAGAACGUUUCGUGGCACAGUCUUGGGAAGCCCUUCGUGCUUCGGGCAACCCUGUCUAUGAUAUCGCGCGUGAGUAUGCCGGAAUCUUUCCGGAGAACAUCCCCGCUGAGCUUCCAGCGGAUCGUGGUGUGCGACACGAGAUCGAUCUCGUGCCAGGAUCGAAGUAUUGCGUGACGCGGCAGUGGCCGCUACCGCGUGACCAAGUCAUCGCAAUUGAUGAAUUUUUUGAGGGCCGCCGUAAGGCAGGACACGUCCGCGAAAGCAUAUCGCCACAUUCGAGUCCGACUUUCUGUGUGAAGAAAGCCACCGGCGGUUGGCGCAUCGUGCAUGCUUUUAACAAGUUGAAUGACGCCACGAUCCCGGCUCAAACACCAAUUCCUCGGAAAGACAUGGUACUGGAUACCAUGUCCGGCAGCGAGAUUUUUAGCGCCAUAGACCUGACAGACGGGUUUUACCAGAUUUUAAUGAGGGACAGUGAUAUCCCGUUCACCGCUGUCAGCACACCGAGUGGGAUGCUUUGGGAGUGGCUAGUCAUGCCACAAGGCCUUAAGAACGCUCCAGAAACGUUCAACCGGAUGGUGACACAAGUGCUUCGGCCACUACGUGAUUUCGCUCCAAGUUAUUUCGACGAUAUUUUUGUUCACAGCCGCGCUGAGCAACAACUCAGCGCUACGGAGGUCCACCUUCGGCAUUUGAAACAGGUGUUCCAAGUGAUGCGCGAGAACAAUCUGUACGCAAAUUUGAAGAAGUGCGUCUUCUGCGCUCCCGAGAUUCCAGUUCUUGGAUGCUAUGUUAGCAAGGAGGGUGUCCGUGCUAAUCCCGAGAAAGUGUCAUCGAUAUGUUCCUGGCCUACGCCCAGGAACCAAACGGAACUACGCCAAUGGCUUGGCUUGGCCAAUUACUUGCAUAAGUAUACGAAGAACUAUGCAGAACUAAUCCAGCCACUAUCGACUCUACUGAAGAAAGACGCAGUUUGGUCAUGGAAAGCUGAACAUCACUCUGCCUUCAACUCUGUGAAAAAGAGCUUGUCUGAAGCACCAGUGCUGAUGUUGUCUGAUGAUUCCAAGCCAUUUCACGUCGUCUGUGAUGCGAGUAAUUUCGCUAUUGGAUGUGCCCUCAUGCAGUUUGACGAUGAGGGCCGAGAGCGCGUCGUGAGCUUUCAGUCACGACAGAUGAAACCCGCAGAGCGGAACUAUCCGGUACAUGACAAGGAACUUUUGGCUAUGCGUUACGCGCUGAUCAAGUUCAGAGUAUAUUUGCUCGGCGAGAAGAUGUUUUCGGUCUAUACAGAUCACGCAUCAUUGCGUACCGCCGUCAAGACUCCUUACUUGUCCCAGCGUAUGGCACGUUGGUUGUCAUACUUCUCAGAGUAUAAUUUCGUGGUCUUUUACAAACCCGGCAAGAACAACAUUCUUGCUGACGCGCUUUCUCGACGUCCCGAUUAUGAUCCUCGACGUGACAUGGGUCAUCAGCCAGGCAUUGCUGAAGACGAGGACGACGACAUUUGUUUAUGCUGUGCUGAGCAGGGGCUCAAUGCAAUGAUUUCGACACCUGAGCUGUCAAUCCGGACUCAAAUCGCUGAGUCAUAUGCGAACGAUUCAUUCUACACGGGAAUCAUCAAUUAUCUUCGACACCCUAGUGAGGGUUCACUCGCGAAGUUGACGAAACCAACGCGUGACAACAUCAAGCGGUACGCGCUUGAUGGUCCGCUGCUGACUUAUACAAUGGACGUUUUCGACCCACCGCGCGUCGUCAUCCCUGCUGAUGACGACCUCCGCGCACGAUUGGUGCAUGAAUUUCAUGACACUCCAACUGGAGGUCAUUUGGGUCGCGAGAAGACGUUCGCGGCCAUCUCUCGUGUGUUUUUCUGGCCGCGUAUGUACAAAUACAUCCAGAAAUGGGUACGCUCUUGUGAAAUAUGCCAGCGUGUGAAGCCUGCGCCGUCUUCACAAGCUCCAUUGCGUCCGCUUCCGAUUGCCACGGAAGCCUGGCGUUCGGUCAGCAUGGAUUUCAUCUUUGGUCUCCCUCCGGACGAACAGAAACGCACGGGCGUAUUGGUUUUUGUGGAUCGAUUUAGCAAAAUGGUGCAUUUUGCUCCAGUCUCCGCGCACGUUACGGCGGAGACGACCGCGCAGAUCUUCAUCGAUCUCAUAUUUCGACAUCACGGCUUGCCUGAAUCAAUUGUUUCGGACCGCGACCCGCGCUUUACAUCAGCUUUUUGGGCAACGUUGUUUCAACUAUUGGGCACGCGACUGCUUAUGUCUACGGCAUUCCAUCCAGAAAAGGAUGGGUAA